GUAUGAAGGUCAAAGAGAGCAGCUGGCUCAGCAGUCUUUUAACAUGGAGCAGGCAAACUACACAAUUCAGACAUUAAAGGACACCAAAACAACAGUGGAGGCCAUGAAGAUUGGUGCAAAGGAAAUGAAAAGGGCUUACAAGGACGUCAAACUCGAUCAGAUUGACGAUUUACAAGACCAACUGGAGGACAUGAUGGAGGACGCCAACGAGGUGCAAGAGGCCCUGAGCCGCAGCUACGGCACUCCAGAGAUAGAUGAGGAUGAUCUUGAAGCAGAGCUGGACGCACUGGGUGAUGAACUGCUGCUGGAUGAUGACAGCUCCUACCUGGACGAGGCCUCAGCUGCUCCGUCUAUCCCCGAGGGAAUCCCCAGUGACAGCAAGACAAACAAGGAUGGUGUUUUGGUGGACGAGUUCGGCCUGCCACAGAUCCCCGCCACAUAAACAGGGAAUGGAUUAUAACAACUGCACUUCAACUAAAAACACUUUUAUAUGUAGAGUAACAUUUAUACAUGCAAAACCAUUUGCCCUGAGAACACUACGAUUUUGAAGCUGUGUUGGGUCGUGUGUUGUUACCACUACCGUGCUAGCAUGUGGCCUUGUAACAUACUGAACCUUUUUUUAAAACAUUACUCCCCUUUCCUCCCUUUUGUCCCCCUCCCCGCUCGGUCUCGUCUGAACAGUAUUACCUAGUAAUAAUUUAUUUUUGUUUUAUGUUUCUUCUAGUUUUGUGUGUUGUUUGGUCAUUACCAUCUCGUUUGAGUUCUCAAGAGUCUGUUCAAAUGUCUGCAGGUUAUUGGAAACAUGCAAAAUAAAUGAUGUGUUUUAAUUUACGCUUAAAUUAUUGA